UCUUCCGGGCUGCGCCUGACUACAGCGGGGAGGGGGGUUACGGAAAACUGAGGAGAAAUUGGCUCUCCAUCGCAUUGAGACAGGCGAGGCGGUGCGGACGAUCCGGGAGUCGCCGUGUCCUGCCCGCUGGGUGGAUGCGGAACCGAGGGGGGAAUGAAUGAAUGAAUGUCGCUGGCGGGGAGACGCGGGGUAACAUGACAAAAGGACAAAUCGGAGAAUGUAACCUGGUCAUUCAGGAUUUGAACAUUCAGGUCGCUGUCUUCAGGGAACUGGUCAUCUCCAUCGGCAAUGGUUCCUGUGAUAGCCCGGCCGUCCGGAAGGAGAUUCGGGAUGUCAGGGCCACGUGCAAAGCUCUGGCCAAGCAAUCCCAUCAGGUCUCCUCCCCCCUGUACAGCCUCGAAGAUGAAGACUUGCAGCCUGGUAUCUGCAGAAUUCAUAUACUGUUUUAUGGGUGUCUGGAGAUGUUUAUAACUGAAAUGCUUAAAUCGUUAUACUUAAUGGAAUCUUUUCAAAUUCGAAAAAAAGAACAAAUUAUUUGUCCUGCUCCUGGAAUUCCUUAUGAACGCGAAGAGGAACAUUCCCAGGCGCCAUUCCUAGAAGACAUAACCUACUCAUCAUCUUCACAAGAGCUGGACAUGUUGGCAUGUCACUUAGACACAGCACUGGAAAUGGAAUGUACGGAAAGUGAUAUUCAGGAAAUGCGGUACCUUCUGAGAAAUCUCAGGGACUCCAUACCACACUAUCUUAAAAUACAGGAUGAAACCUGUUUGUUGACCCCAUCUCCCACACAUCUGAAAAUUCGGAAGAGGAAGAGGAAGUGUGGAUUAUGUUGUAUAAAGAAAUGAAAUAAUUUACUGUGUCCUUCAAUUUUUACCAAUAAAAUAAUAGC